ACGGACGAGUACUGAAAUAACUUUAGUGCGGAAGUUGGGGAUUAAACAACGCCCCUCCAGCUCCCCGGCAAUAGGGCUGGCGGCCCACCAAUGUCAUAGAGAACUUUUUGCUCCUUGGAGCAUACGUAAGCAAUAAGCCAAUACCUGAACCUACGAAACUCAAGUAAAGCACGCCCUCACACCUUGCCUCGUAACCAUGGGCCGGCCUAAGGGGUGCCCAGGCGGUCCCGGCCGGCCCAAAGCAACACCUGAGUCUCGCAAGCAGUAUGGAAAAACCAGUAUGAGCUUCAGCAUAACGGAGCUUAAGGUCUUAAACCGGAUGAUGAGGACUCCUUGGUGGCGAACACAAAUGCGCAACUCCGGCUGCUGCAAGUGCUUGAAGAAAGAGCCGAAAUGUCAGCAGGUGCAUCACCUAUUCAGGUUUUUGGCUUCAGGUUUCCUUGACGACCUACUCGUGGGCUUAAGGGAUGACCUCCUGGAACUAUGUAAGCAGCUUGGAAGCACGGUACAGGCGAGCAAGCUGUCAGAACGUCUCCGGGAAGUCGCAGACAAGUUGCCGCCCAACGUGCUUGGGCCCGACCCAAGCGAUGACGUCGACUUCGCCGUGCAGAAGGCACAGAAGGCGGAGCAAAAGGAGUACUUGCGGGCGGAGUCCUUGGACGACGAGAGCCUUGAGCAGGAGCUGCAGCACCUGCAGCAGCGGCAACACCAAAUCCAGCAGCAAAUCGCAGCCGCACAGGUCCAAUCACACCUGCAAGCCCAGGGCCAUGCCCACCCGCUCCCCGCACCGCCUGUGCCGCUGCCGGGCCACCCGGAACCGCAGCCACCCGCCCCGUUGCUGCAGCAGCUGGGGGUGGGUCUGGGGCCGGUCGGAGUCAAUUCCAUCUCGCCUACAUCCACCACGCCGCUUCCUAGGGUAGAGCAGCAGCAGCAGCCGCACGCUCUGGGCCACGGCGGUGGGCCCACCUGGCUGCAAAUGGCUGGCAUGCCGCCGCCGAGCCUGCCGCAGCCGCCACCAGCAGCAGCCCCCAUGCCCUCUUCCUCGCUGCUGCCCUCAGACCCACCGGCCGCGCAACACCCAGAUGAGUUGAUGCACCCUUGCUUGGCUGAUUACGAAGCUGCGGAGGCGGUACUCGCCGCUUUGGUGGCGGAUCCCCAGCUGCACGCGCAGCAGCACUGCCACCCGCGCCACAGCCACCAUCAAGGUGAGGUUGCGGCGGCGGCGGCAGUGCUGCAGCCAAGCGGCGCCAGCCAGAGCGAUGCGGUUGCAGUAGCAGUAGACAUUGUGCAGGGGCAGCUGCCGUGCUUGAUGCCACGGACGCCGCCGGUGCUGCCAGGCACAUGCGAGAUAGGAUCGCAGCAGGUGAUGCUGCUACCGGGUGGAUAUGCAGCCGAUCCGCCAGCUCUUUGCACGGCUACUGCUGCUACAGCAGCGAUGUCAGCUGCUCCCUCGUUCAUGGGGACGGGGCCUUUGGCAGGGUUGUUAGGCCCGCAGCCGCUGGUGUCAGCCCUGCCAGUUGGGUUUUCGUAACGGGUGUAGUUUACUGCAUGUAGGCAUUUUGUAAACUUCUUGCUUUUGGCCUAGUAUGGAUACUAUUUUGGUUUCGACUUCACCCUCGGUUCAUUUGCGAUACAGCGGAUGCGGAUACGAUACCGGUACUGCAAAAUUGCAGACGAGCAGUCGGCGCAGACGAACGUUACUGUGCGCUAUAUGGCCGAUGGAAAUGCAUUUUAUGGCCGCCGGAAUGGCCUAUACCGGAGUUUUGAGAUGUCAGGAAGGCAUGUGGAAGCAGCGUCCUGUCAUGUUAGCUAGGAAUGCACCUGGACAUAGCAAGAUAGCAUGCGUGCCUGAAAGACAUGUGGCAUGGCACUGCUGCUUGUCGUGUCAGUGCAGGGGGCAAGCAACAUUGAGCGCGUUGUUGAUGUGCUGCAUGACGCGCUCGUGGCGUUUUUGUGCAGAUUAUGUCAGGAGUGCACAAGGCGUGAAGGGGUGCAGCUGUGAAAUGCGGCUCGGGACGACUGUUGCCUUCACCAAGGCAAGAUUUCACCUUCGUCCAGAGACAUGUGGUAACAUGGAUGGAGCAUUCCGCUGGGUGGUGUGUAUCAUGCUGCAGUAGGGCUGUCCGCAGUGAGUACUAUGGGUUUGUGCCCCGGAUGCGAUGCGCUGUUUGCUAUCCUUUCAUAUUACUGACGAUGUUGGGUCUGGCGUCCAUGUCUUUGAGACGUCUCACAGCGGUGUGUGCGGACAGCAGAACUGUAGUCGCCGGGAUUACGGCUUGUACGACCAGGAGGAGGGCUACAUGGCGCGUGAGGUUGUGAUCAACUAUCUAUUCCAGAGGACUUUCAAUAAUAUUCCUUCAUCUUCUUGGUCUGUCAGAUGUUUAGCUAGGACCCUUUUGUAAUUGCGACAAAAGCGGUGGCUGUCCUUGAAAGGACUUUGUAAUUCUACUGCCUUGCACCCUGUAGUAGGCAAGCAAGAAAUAUAAUGGCCGACGAGCAGCAGCGGCUUGCGGCAAUGAUGGCUGCGCAAGGGUGCACCCUCACAAGAGGAGCUUGAAGCUCAAGAGGAAGCUAAGCGGAGUGCUGAGGAGCAGCGGCGAACCAUGCUGGCUGCCUGCAUGACCGGGGAAGCGCGGGAACGAUUGUCCCGCAUUGCCAUCGUGAAGCCCGACAAGGCGAGGAGCGUGGAGAACAUGAUUCUGGGCGCGGCGCAGCGGGGGGCGCUCAGUAGCAAGGUGACGGAGGAGCGGCUGGUGGAGCUGCUGGAGCAGAUCAACGAGCGCGAGGGCGCCAGCAAGCCCAAGAUCACCAUACAGCGGCGCAGGCCCAACCUCUUCGACGAUGAUUGAGGAGCCCGACACCCGACGACACACAGCGGGGCGGGAGCAUACAGCGGUAACAUGGGCAACGGGCAGCGUGGUGUAGGCCGUUGCUGCAUGGAGCCUUACCCGUUCCUGGUGUGUCUGGCCUCGGUCGCUGAAAGGUAGCGUUGGGGUUCAGCUGAGAGCGAGGCGUGCAUGUGGGGUCUUGUUGUUGAUGCUGUCAAAACACUCCGUGCAGCUGACGCUCUGUGCGGCUUACGAGGAAGUAGGGGAAAGACCGCUUCCACAGAUCUAUGUGGUGUGGAGACCGGAUAGAGUGGGAUAAGGGUUUGACACUUGACUGUGGUGCAGCUGGGAGGUG